UAGGGCACUUCCGGCUGCGGUUCCGCUUUCCGGCGCGCCGCGGCCGCGGCUGGAGUGAUGGGGUCCGCGGGCCUGGCGCGCCUGCAUGGGCUUUUCGCGGUGUAUAAGCCCCCGGGACUGAAAUGGCUGCACCUGAGAGAUACUGUGGAAAUGCAGCUUCUGAAAGGCCUCAAUGCCGGGAAACCUCCUCCUCCUGAACAGCGUGUUCGCUUUUUGCUGGGUCCUGUGGAAGACAGUGAAGAGAAACAGCUGACGCUCACAGCCACCAGUGUGCCCACGCUCACCAACCACAGGUUGGUAUGUGGACCAGAAUUCCUCAGACUGAAGAUUGGCGUGGGACACCGGCUGGAUACCCGGUCUUCUGGGGUGCUUGUGCUCGGCGUGGGACACGGAUGCAGACUCCUCACCGACAUGUAUGAUGCUCACCUUACCAAGGAUUAUACAGUGCGAGGCCUUCUGGGCAAAGCCACGGAUGAUUUCUGUGAGGAUGGGCGCCUGGUGGAGAAGACAACGUACGACCAUGUGACUAGAGAGAAGCUGGACCGGAUCCUGUCUGUGGUCCAAGGCUCCCAUCAGAAGGCCCUGGUGAUGUACUCCAACUUAGACCUGCAGUCCCAGGAAGCCUACGAGAUGGCGGUGAGAGGCAUGAUCCGGCCCAUGAGCAAGUCUCCCAUGCUCAUUACUGGCAUCCGGUGCCUGAACUUUGCACCUCCAGAGUUCCUCUUAGAGGUGCAGUGUAUGCACGAGACACAGCAGCAGCUACGAAAGCUAGUUCAUGAAAUUGGCCUUGAGCUGAAGACCACAGCUGUGUGCACACAAGUGCGGCGCACGCGGGAUGGUUUCUUCACCCUGGAUGAUGCUCUUCUGAGGACCCAGUGGAACUUACAGAGCGUCCAAGAUGCCAUCAGAGCCGCAGCUCCUCGGGUGACAGAACAGCUAGAGAAGAACUCAAAGCCAAGAUUAGGUACUUCGCUACUCCCUAGUCCUGACCAGCCUGGGGAUGACUCUAAGAGCUAUUUGGGCCACUGAAAGCCAGGCUAUGUGGCUCAAGUGGUAGAAUACCAGCUGUGAGGAAACCAAGUGAGAGCACGAGGCCCUGAAUUCAAGCCCGGAACUAGCACA